ACCGUUCUUUUUGUUCCGGACUCAUUGGAGCAGACAUGGCAGCCGAGGGAGACGUCGAUUUGGACCUGGAAGCCGAGGAAAACUGCACCGGGAAACCGGCAGAAAAGCCUCGGAAACAUGACAGCGGAGCCGCGGAUCUGGAGAGAGUCACGGACUACGCGGAGGAGAAGGAAAUCUCCAGCUCCGAUCUGGAAACGGCGAUGUCAGUGAUCGGAGACAGAAGGUCACGAGAACAGAAAGCCAAACAAGAAAGAGAAAAGGAGUUGGCCAAAGUCACCAUCAAGAAAGAGGACGUAGAACUAAUUAUGUCUGAGAUGGAGAUCUCGAGGGCCGUGGCGGAGCGCAGUCUGAGGGAACACAUGGGGAAUGUGGUGGAGGCUCUGGUGGCUCUCACCAACUGAACAAACAGCAUUUACACAAUGGACUGCUUCACCUUUUUUUUUUUUUAAACUGAGGCUCAUCAAGUCAGUGAGGCUGAACUGAUCUCGGUGGUUAAACUGGUGUAAUUUUUACCCCAUAUCCAUUUCUUUCUUUUUUUUUUUUUU